AGCAGUCGGCCAUGUCGACUCCAACGCAGUCAGAGUCGGCUUCAAAACCCCGCCUGUGUGGCUCGGACCACGAUCCUUCCGUGAAGGACAGCAGGGUGUCUUUUGCUAACGUGUCGAACACCAUCGCCACAGUCAAAAUAGGCGUGAAUAGAAAGGCUUUUACCAUUCACCUCGAUCUCCUCACCGGCUCCUCGCCGUACUUCAGGAAGCUCUUCAAAGGACCUUCCAAAGAAACUGAAAGUUAAGAAGUCGCCCUAGACGAUGUCAGCGAGCCAGCCUGGGUUGCCUUCGCCGACUGGCUCUAUCGUCUCCAGAACAUCACUCAGGGUGGCCUUAUUGACAACAUGCGCGUGCAUCCACAUGCGCCGAACCUCAGAGCUCUUCAUAUUCGCGGACAAGUACAAUGUGCCUCAACUUCGAAAACUUAGCGUCACAGGCAUCUGGAGCCUUCUCGAUCCUAAUAGGAGGAGAAAGGUGCCUUCCUAUCAAGACAUCACACUUGCAUUCGAGAAUCUGCCGGAGAAGGCACCACUGUGCAAAUUGUUCGUCGACGUCUAUUGCCGGAACUUCGAGAACGAGAUGGAUGACGAGAAGGAGUGCUCAGCCAAGGGCAUGGUGCCUAUGACAUUCUUCGAUGCUGUGGUCUGGCGCCAUACGCACGCGCGGAAGAUGAUGGUAAAAGGGGAGAUGGAGAUUGGCUAUCGGUUAAAGUUGGCAGACUAUCACGAGCACCAAUCGCAAGAGGAGGCAUCCAAGUGCUAUUGCAAGCUCGCUCGUUGAGAUUGGUGGCAUGAGGUAGGGGAAGAACUCCCACUUUUCACAGCAGUGGAAAUGAUGGGGAAGGUUCAUUUAAGAGCGAAACUAUCAUGGUGGACAUCAGUUGUGACUCGGUAAUUGGAUUUGCCGAUUCCCUCAGGUCAAGGAAGAGGGUAGCCGGAGAGGUAC